AUGUCAGAUGAAAGACCAAAUGACUUGACAAUCGGAUUGUUGGGGACAGAGGUCCCGAAGAAUAGUCCUAUGGUACGAUGGAACGAUGGACACACCACAAUACUCCCAGCAGUGUACGACGGUCACGAUAUCAAUCUCUGCGACGCUGUAGACAUCCCAAUCAUUAAAUAUCUCGCUCAAUGUCCAGUGUCUUUACCGGAUUCCAAAUAUGUGGUUCACUUCUCCAUGAAGGACCUUCCAACACACGACAUACUGGAUUCAAUCAGCGAGUCACUGAGUCAAAACAAGCCAGUCGUUAUUAGAGGGAUCGGAAAUCAUUAUGUGGGCGAAGAAUUGACAGCAGAGUUUCUGGAUAAAUACUACGCAAUUUCGCCGAAUAGAGCUGUAUGGGUGCACGAUGUCAAGGCCCGUGCAAUGGAUCAUACAAGGGUAACUCAGGCAGGGCUUCUCAAAGAUUUCUUCAAAUCUAUGAAGGAUCCAGGGGCGAUACAAUGUGUGUUAGACAUUCCACUCGCGCAGGCAUCACUCCCAGAUGCCUUGAAAAAUCUCGAUCACGGCCUCGUUCAUGGGUGGAACCACACGACAUAUGACGUCCCAAUCUCGUCCAAGGUACAUCCAGAAAACUUCACUGUCAAGGGGUGGGCUAUCCUACACCAUGCUGGGUUCUUGACAUAUCCUCAUCACGAUGCGGAGGGGUCCUUAACGUGGGCGAGGAUGGAAGUAGGUGUCAAGUUUUGGGUCGUAUUCUGGCCAAAGGAUCGACACGACGAUCGCAAACAUUUACAAGAGAUCGCAAUACGGCUAGGCAACUUCACCGAAAAUGAAGAUUGGAUACGAGCCCACUGCGAUGUCGAGGUGAUCACCCUAUAUCCUGGAGAUGUUCUAAUCAUGCCCCCGGCUCAAGUGCAUGCUGUCUAUACACCAGUCGCAUCCUUUGCCACAGGGGGGCACUUCUAUCACUACGGGUGCAUGCACCUCACCGAAAUAUCUCGUUACCUGGACGUUUCUUCCGGUGACUGUUUGACAAACCAGAUGCUCCACAAUGCCCUUGAGACAUUUCGACGCAUGAUGAUCGGAAUACCGCGUUUGUCCCCCAGAAUACGUAUGAGUGGUGGAUUAUAA